AUGGACUCUCUCGCCCUUAUUAAGCCUGCGAUAGCUAUCGCGUGUGGUCUACUUGCUCUGAGCUCAAUACGUCGGCACCUGGGAUACGUAUGGAGCUUGAAGGACCUUCCUCAGCCACCUGUUCCUAGCUUCCUCGCUGGACAUAGCCUGGAUGUCCGCAAAGCGCGCGUCGGUACUCGAUACAGCCGGUGGACGCACCGCUACGGGUGCACAUACAAGCUGCGCGGGCCCUUGCUGGAGCCGUUGCUCAUCAUGGGAGACCCGAAAGGAGCAUCUUACGUUUUGACGAAGAACGCAUCAAACUUUCCUCGUCCUGAGAUUGAUAGGAUUGUACUCGAGUCAUGGUUCGGAAACGGGUUGUUCUGUGCAGAAGGAGAGGAACACAAGAGACAGAGACGGAUGCUCAACCCUGCCUUCUCUAAUCAGUCCGUCGAAGAGGUCUCGCAUAUUUUCUACGAUCUAGCAUAUCAGCUUGUGGAUAAGUGGGAAACAAUGCUGGACGGGAAGAAAUCAUCCGCAUUCGACAUCGCGGCUACGAUCCAUGUGAUGACAAUGGACGCCAUCAGCAUGACCAUGUUUGCGUACAACUGCAGUGCGACGGAACCCAUCAUACCCGAGCUACUACAGAGAUUCACUAACGCCCCCGAUGCGGACGAUGGCCCCACUGUGAUUACAACACUCUUUGGAGCUCUGGUCUCAAAGUUUCCUCGUCUUCUCAAUCUUAUACCUACCCCGAUGAAACGAUGGGCCGAUGAGUUGCAGCUUGAGCUGGGUGGUAUAGCGUAUCGUGUUCUGCGGGAAGGGCUUGGGAGCUCGCGCAUGGAUGCAAAGAUCCUCAAACUCCUCGAUGGGCAAAGUAGAGGAGGUCCCCAAGCCGGGUUGACGGGUCCCGAAGCCAUUGCGCAGAUCAUCGGAAUACUCUUUGCAGGCUCAGAAACGGUGGCUAAUAUGAUAUCAGAAAUGCUCCUUGAGCUGGCUCGUCAGCCUCGCAUUCAAGACAAACUACGUCAGGAAUUGCUCGAUUUCGAACGCAGGAACGGUAGACAGCCUAACUUUCAAGAUCUGUCCAAUCCGAACACGCUGCCGUACCUUGAGGCCUGUACGCGUGAGACGCUGCGGCUGAAGGCCGUUUUGAUGGCUGAGCAAGACGACGUGAUUCCGUUGCAGUACCCCAUUUUGGGCACCGAUUUGACUCAUGUUCAUGUCAAGGCAGGACAGGCUAUCAAUAUCCCAGUCCGAGAUGGUAUCAAUGUGGAUCCUCAGCUAUGGGGAGACGAUGCUCAAGUAUUCCGUCCUGAACGCUGGGUCGAGCCCAAUGGCUUGCCUGAAGGCGCACUUUCAAUCAGGGCUCAGGACCACACCUUGACCUUCGGCGAUGGACCAAAAGUCUGCCUGGGUCGAAUUUUCGCACUGACGGAACUUCAAAUUGUUGUCAGCGUCAUGCUGCUGCGGUUCCGUUUCGAAGAUGCUGGAAUGCCCCUUGACUUCUAUCAUCUUGGUGGCAACACGGUGAAGCCGAAGAUACGAGGGAGAGAAAGCGAAGGCGUUCAGCUACCUCUCAAAGUGCACCGGUUGUAG